AUGUCCAGCUUCCGCAUACCCGACCAUGGUGAGGUCUUAGACAUUGGCGGGAGCACCAUGAUGGCAACCGUCGAGGACAGCCUCAGGGCCACCAUUGAAGCUCCCUACGACCCUAGCGCGAAGCCUACCCUCCCAGACGAGCUUCUGUACGAUGAUGUCGGCCUUCCCAUCUGGAACAAGAUCAUUUUCACGCCUGAAUUCUACCAGACCCACGAUGAGAUUGCCAUGUUUGACCAGAAUGGCCUUGAGAUUGUUGCCCGCACGCAACCUGGCGUCACAAUGAUUGAUCUGGGAGCAGGUGACACGCGAAAGGUUCAGCACCUCUUAGCAGCAUUCGAAGAGUCCGGGACCGAAGCCACCUAUCUGGCCCUCGACAUCUCAAGAACGUCGCUCGAGUGCAGCAUCAAGUACCUCAAGGACCAGCACUCGGCCAAGGAUUCUGUCGUCAAGUGCGCCGCCCUGUGGGGUACCUUUGAGGAUGGCCUCGAAUGGGUCCAGAGGAUCAGGGGCCCUCGCCUCUUCCUCUCUCUCGGCUCCGUUCUCUGCAACGACCCGUGGCCCGAGGCCCUGUCAAAGGUCAGAUCGUGGGCCGGCAUCCUGAGGCCGGGUGACAUGCUCUUCGUCGGCAUGGACGCCCACCUCGUCCCCCAGGACUCCGACAAGGUCUGGAGGUCGUACCACUCCUGCGAUGACCUCUAUAGAGAGUUUUGGCUCAACGGCUUUGAUCACGCUAACCGUCUGGCCGGCGAGACCUGGUUCCGCGAGGAGGAUUGGGACUUUCUAGCAGAGCUCGAGUACCCCACUCGUCACCGUUUCUUCCUCCGUGCCAAGCAUGGCUUCCGAUUCGGCCAGACCGGCCGUCGCGUGGAGAAGGGCGAGGAGAUCGACUGGUUCGACUCUCACAAAUACAGCCAGAGCGACGUCGAGAUCAUGUUCGAGAAGGCGAACCUGUCUGCCUCCAACAUCUGGCAGGCGCCCAAUUCCGAGUUUCGCCAGUACCUGGUCAAACUUAAGGGCCGGGAGGAUCAGCGCGGCGACGCCGACAGUGCCGUCUCCGGCAUCGACUAG